AUGGCUGUCCAGUCAAGCUUGCUCACAAAAGCCGUCUCCAAUGCGAUGCAGCGGAUUGCACCGACGUUCCUCGCCGGCUCCUGGGACAACGUUGGCCUGCUUCUUGGUUGGUUUCAAGUGCAUGUGGUUAGCGCGACUCACAAUGCCCAGAAUCGCCAGCUCCACCUUCUUCCCGGGUGCCCAAUCGCUCUGACGCCUGCCGUCUGUGACGAAGCCAUUGCGCUUGGCGCAGGCGUUGUCGUCUCGUACCACACCCCAAUCUUCUCGGGCCUCAAAAGCCUCACCCUUUCCACGCCGCUCCAGGCCAGCCUCCUCCGCUGCGCUGCCAACGGCGUGUCGGUCUACUCACCACAUUCUGCGCUCGAUGGCAUCUGGGGCGGUAUUAACGACUGGCUCGCCGAGAUCAUCUCGGGCAGCGCAUCCGAACGCCGUGUGUUGCUUCCCGCGACGACAAAGGACGAGGGGGGCGAUGGACGGCGAGUAGAGCUCGAUCAGCCGACGGAGCUCGACGAGUUGGUAAGCCGGGUGAAGGCCGGCCUGGGCCUGUCCUCCAUCCAAGUUGGGUAUUCGCCCAUCCGUACCGAUCGCCUCGUCCGCAGUGUCGCGAUCUGCGCUGGCUCUGGCGCCUCCAUGUUUGCAGAGGCAAAGGAGCCGGUCGAUGUCUACUUCACUGGGGAGAUGCAGCAUCAUGAAGUCCUCGCUGCUGUCGGCAAAGGCACUCACGUCAUCCUCUGUGGACACACUAACACCGAGCGCGGGUACCUCCCGCUCCUCAAGGCCAAGCUCCAGGCAGAACUGCUGGGGGACGAUGGACUUGGUGAGGUCGAGGUUGUCGUCAGCGCCUCCGAUAAGCACCCGCUGGAAGUUGUUUGA